AUGGCAACUUGUGACUCUCCCCCUAUGGUGUCGUCACAGCAGCAGGAACAUGGUGGCCAGAAGUUGGACGCUGCUGCCGAAGACAACUCCGUCAUCGCCAUGGAGACCGGUUUCGCCCACAGCAGCAACAACGCCAACAACGCUCACCGCUCGUCGCCCGUCGUCGCCGCUGUAAUCGGAGAAUCUGAGAAUGGCCUUGGAGACCCUGCUUUGAGCCCUCUAAGGACCACCCCCACCCCAACUGCCACCACCACCCCCACCACUGUUAGUGUUAGUGCAACCGCCGGCCCUGUGUCCGAACAGAGCCGGAGAGAAAGCUUUACUACCGGCAACAACUCGAGUGUUACCGGGACUUUACCAGGAGGAGAAGGGGCCGCUUUGGGCUCAGACUGUUCGGCCCCCGCCACCUCUCCAGUGGCGCCGGCCAAGGACAUCCCUUGCAACGAAUGUUCGGGCUCCUUCUCUAGUUUACAGAAGUACAUGGAGCACCACUGCCCCAGCGCCCGCCUGCCCACGGCGGGGGUCCGCGGCGAGGCGGAGGACGAGGCGGACGGCGCUCUGGGCGAGGAGAGCGAGGGCGAGGACGCCGUCGCCGGGCUGGCCGAGAUGAACAGCGAGGUGGAGGAGGAGAGCGACGUGGAGAACCUGUGCGGAGAGAUCGUCUACCAGCCCGACGGCUCCGCCUUCAUCCUGGAGGACUCCAAAGAGCAGCGCGGCGACCAGGGGGGGCUCCCCGGGACUCUGCAUUUCAGAGACCUUCUGUCCCCCCAGGCCUUCCCCAAAGCCCAGGCCGGCAGCGAGCAGAGCAGCCUGAGCCCCAUCGGGGAGCGGUCGGAGAAGUCGGCUGCACCCAUGUCCUUCUACCCCCAGAUCAUCAACACCUUCCACAUCGCCUCGUCCCUGGGCGGAAAACCCCCGGCGACUGACCACCCCUCCUUCCCAAAUACCUCAACUGGGGGGCUGGUGGGCGCCGGGCCAGUGUUGCACAGUUUCCGUGUUUAUGACCUCCGCCACAAGAGCGACAAAGACUAUCUGAUGGCGGAUGGCGCAGCCAAAAAGUCCUGUGUGUCCAAAGAUGUCCCCAACAAUGUGGACUUGUCCAAAUUUGAGGGCUGCGUCGCUGACGGGCGGCGGAAGCCCGUGCUGAUGUGUUUCCUGUGCAAGCUGUCGUUCGGCUACAGCCGCUCGUUCGUGACGCACGCCGUCCACGACCACCGCAUGACCCUGAACGAUCAGGAGCAGAAGCUGCUGAGCAACAAGCACGUCUCCGCCAUCAUCCAGGGCAUUGGCAAAGACAAAGAACCUCUUAUAAGCUUUCUGGAACCAAAAAAAUCCCCCAACUCCGUUCUACCCCACUUCCCCGCUCCCGCCAACUUCCUGGGGCCAGACCCCGGGCUCCGCGGCCUGUGGAACGCGUUCCACAGCAGCGGGGAAAGCGUGGAUACCCUCCAGGCGGGCUUCGCCUUCCUGAAGGGCAGCGCCAGCAGCUCCUCCAACGACCAAACUCACCCACCCAUGCCAAAGGCCGAGACCCACCCCAACCUGGGGGUAGGCGCCGGCGCCCACAGGAUCCCCGGUGGGGGUUCUUCCAGCGCCGCCUCCGCCCCGGGCGGCUCGGAAGGACGCGGCGGCGCCGACGGCGGCGACUGCAAGGGCCACGUCCGGGACGCACGCACUUUGCACCCGGGCAGCAGGCCAGACCUGAGCCAGUACCCGCAGAUCAAGCGGGAGCCCGGCAUGACGGGCGGCGAGAGCCCCGAGCCGGACGACGACGCCUACUCCAACGGCGGCGGCGUGGAGACGGAGGCCGACGAGGAGGAGGAGCGCGCCAUGAACAUGACCAUGAGCGGCCAGCGGGCCGACAGCACCAGUAGCAACGAUUUCCCCCUCUUAAACCAAAGCAUUUCCCCCCUGUCCAACCACGUGCUGAAGUACGGCGGCGACGCGAAAGGCGGCGCGCCGUCCUCGGCGCCCUCCUCCAUGGUGGCGUGCGAGGAGCUCCAGAUGGAGAAGGCCCGCCUCGCCGCCACCCUGGCGGCGGCGGCGGCGGCCCGGGACCGCGAGAGCAGCAACGACUCCACCGGCGACGCCCAUGCCGGUCGGGACGGACCCUCGCCCUCGGCCCUGCCCUUCGACAUGAUGAUGAUGCGCCGGGACGACGAGAGUCCCGGACCGCUGCACCACCACGCCGGCAACCCCGGGACCCCCGGCACGCCCGGGACCCCCGGGACCCCCGGGCCCGGCGAAGGGUCCCCGGGCAGCGGGGUGGAGUGCCCCAAGUGCGACACGGUCCUGGGAUCCUCGCGGUCGCUGGGAGGCCACAUGACCAUGAUGCACUCGCGCAACUCCUGCAAGACGCUCAAGUGUCCCAAGUGCAACUGGCACUACAAGUACCAGCAGACUCUGGACGCCCACAUGAAGGAGAAGCACCCGGAGUCGGGGGGCUCGUGCGUGUACUGCCGCACGGGCCAGCCGCACCCCCGCCUCGCCCGGGGCGAGAGCUACACCUGCGGAUACAAACCUUUCCGCUGCGAGGUCUGCAACUACUCGACUACAACCAAGGGCAACCUGAGCAUCCACAUGCAGUCAGACAAGCACUUGAACAACGUGCAGACACUCCAGAACGGUGGCACCGAGGUCCAGUACAACCACAACCAUAACCACAACCACAGCCACAGCCACAACCAUACCAACCCCGUGCCCAGUGCCAGUCUAGGGGCCAGCUGUGGGGCCCCUUCCCCGUCCAAGCCCAAACAGAAGCCCACUUGGCGUUGUGAGGUGUGUGACUACGAGACCAACGUGGCGCGGAACCUGCGCAUCCACAUGACCAGCGAGAAGCACAUGCACAACAUGAUGCUGCUGCAGCAGAACAUGAAACAGAUCCAGCACAGCCUCCACAUGGGGCUGGCGCCGGCCGAGGCGGAGCUCUACCAGUACUACCUGGCGCAGAACAUGGGCCUGGCCGGCGUGAAGCUGGAGAACCCGGCCAGCGCCGGAGCCCCCGAGGCCCAGAUGAUGAUGAACCCCUUCCAGCUGGACCCCGGCAUGGCAGCCGCCCUCGGAUCGGGACUAGUGAGCAACGAACUGGCCGGCGACCUCCGCCUGGCGGGGGGCCAGCUGAUGGCCGACGACCUCUCCAUGCUCUCGGCCGCCGCCGCCGCCGGCGCCGGCAUGUCGGCGCCCGAGCCGCCGCCGUCCUCGUCCUCGCCGCUGGCCUCCCUGUCGCCGCCCAUCACCGACCCCGCGCUGCGGCUCUACCAGUGCGCCGUGUGCAACCGCUACACGGCGGACAGCCUGGAGGCGCUGGGCGCGCACGUCAACGCCGAGCGCUCGCUGCCCGAGGAGGAGUGGCGGGGCGUGGCCGGGGACGUGUACCAGUGCAAGCUGUGCAGCUACAGCACGCAGCUCAAGGCCAACUUCCAGCUGCACUGCAAGACGGACAAGCACAUGCAGAAGCACCAGCUGGUGGCCCACAUCAAGGAGGGCGGCAAGGCCAACCAGUGGAGGCUCAAGUGCGUGGCCAUCGGCAACCCCGUGCACCUGAAGUGCAACGCCUGCGACUACUACAGCAACAGCGUGGACAAGCUGCGGCUGCACGCCACCAACCCGCGCCACGAGGCCGCCGUGCGCAUCUACCUGCACUUGCAGAAGCAGGAGGGCGUUCAGGGGGGCCCCGAGUCGUGCGUGUACUACUGCGCGUUGUGCGACUACAGCACGCGGGCUCGCCUCAACCUGGUGCAGCACGCCCGCUCCGCGCGCCACCAGCAGAGCGAGGGCCUGCGCAAGCUGCAGCUCCACCAGCAGGGCCUGGGGCCCGCGGAGGACGACGGGCUCACCCUGCACGACCUCUUCCACGUCAAGGAGUGUCCGCCCGGCGCCGCCCAAGACGAGACCGGCGACGAUAGUGAACGCCCUCCUCGCUCCUCGUCCAGGCCUGGACACCACCCCUCCGACCGAGAGCUGGCUGAGGCCAAGAGAGCUGACAGAGUGAACGCCAUGUCUAAAGAGGUGACAGCCAGUAACGCCCUGUCCAAGCGCUCCCUCAUGCCCGACCGCCAGGUUGACAGCCCACCCAAGAGGCCCAAGUCCAACGAGGCAAAGAUCUCCGUCAGCGAGCAGGUCCAGCAGUGUCCGUACUGCAAUUACAGCAGCAAAGACGCCAACCGCAUGCAGCUUCAUGUGAUGUCCCAGCACUCGAUGCAGCCGGUGAUCCGCUGCCCACUGUGCCAGGACGUCCUGAGCAACAAGAUUCAUCUGCAGCUGCAUCUCACCCACCUGCACAGUGUGGCCCCAGACUGUGUGGAGAAACUGAUCAUGACCGUGGUCGGACCUGACACAAUGCCAACGCCAAACAAUAUAAUGCAUCCCGCUCCUGGACAAGAGAAGGCUCUUGCUUUGAUGGACACCCUCCCUGCCCUCUCUGAGGGCCCCGGGAAGUCUCAAGGAAACAACUCAAAGGAUGAACUGAUGCUCACCCAUGAUAAAACUGAAAUGGACCAGGCGGAAGAGCUGAAGCCCCCCAAGGAGGCCACUGAGGCCCCGGACUGGAAGAGGACCAGCGGGCACGGACACGAGAGCAAGUCCCCGGACAGCCUGCAGGACCAUCUCAACGAGCUCCAACGGCUCCAGCAGCAGCAGCAGCAGCUCUCCGUCUCUGACCGGCACGUGUACAAGUAUCGAUGCAACCACUGCAGCCUGGCCUUCAAGACCAUGCAGAAGCUUCAGAUCCAUUCCCAGUACCACGCCAUCCGAGCCGCCACCAUGUGCAGCCUUUGCCAGCGCAGCUUCAGAACCUUUAUGGCCCUGAGGAAGCACUUGGAGAACGGCCACCCUGAGCUGAGCGAGGCGGAGGUCCAGCAGCUCAUCGGAAGCCUGCCGGUGAACGGAGACAUUACCGAGAGUGAAGCGAGGGCCUUGGAGGAAGCUCAGGCCUUCGAACACGACUUGGACAAAGACGACGAGAUGGACCAAGAGGAGAAGCCCAGUCCUACAGGAAGUGACAGCAGCUCCUUGCUAGACGAAAUGGGAGCAGAACCAAAACGUACCCUACCCUUUAGAAAGGGGCCAAACUUUACAAUGGAGAAGUUUUUAGACCCUUCCCGACCCUACAAGUGCACAGUUUGCAAAGAGUCUUUUACUCAAAAGAAUAUACUGCUAGUCCACUAUAAUUCAGUUUCUCACCUGCACAAGCUAAAGAAGGUCCUGCAAGAAGCCUCAAGCCCAGUACCACAAGAAACAAGCAACAGCAUUGACAACAAACCGUUCAAAUGCAAUAUCUGCAACGUUGCCUACAGCCAAAGUUCAACCCUUGAGAUUCACAUGAGGUCCGUGCUACACCAGACCAAAGCCAGAACAGCCAAAAGCGAAAGCAGCAGCGGCAUCUCCGGAACUAGUGGCCCAGUGCCAGCAAAGAGCCCAGCGCCAUCCGCGCAAGGGUCCAGCAACAACCAAGACAGUGCUAGGAGUGGAACACCUUCUGCCAACAAAGAAAACUCAGUGGAAGCCAAAGAAAGUAACAGCAGCAGCAACAGCAACGCGAAACAAAGCACGACUACUGAUCACGUCUCGGCUCAGGCGAGCAGUCACCAGACCGCUCAGUCCAAUGCCCAGCUACAGAUGCAGCUCCAGCACGAGCUCCAGCAGCAGGCUGCCUUCUUCCAGCCUCAGUUCCUUAACCCGGCAUUCUUCCCCCAUUUCCCCAUGACUCCAGAGUCACUGCUGCAGUUCCAACAGCCCCAGUUCCUCUUCCCCUUUUACAUCCCGGGAGCAGAGUUCAACCUUAGCCCAGAGAUGGCGCUACACUCUGCAGCUGCGUUUGGCAUGCCUGGCCUCACUGGAUCGUUCCUGGAGGACUUGAAGCAGCAGAUGCAGCAGCAGCACGUGAUGCAGCAGGCUCAGCAACAGGCUCAGCAACAGCAGCAGCAGCAACAGCAGCAGCAACAACAGCAGCAGCAGCAGCAGCAGCAUCAACAGCAGCAACAAGCCAACCAGAAUCACAUUCAGCAGCAGAAGAACCUGCAGAUGCAGAACCACAAAACCAAAAUGGAGCCUAGCGCUGUGUCUGUAUCUGACAUCCAAAUGUCCAGGGAGGCAGAAGAGCACCAUGAGAAACAUGAGGGCAGAGCAAAGACAGACAACGGAGGCGAGGCAGUCAAUGAUGGAGGAAAAGACAGCAAAGAGUCCAAAAAGUCCAAGUUCUCUGAGCCUUCAAUUCCCCCCCCGCGUAUCGUGUCAGGAGCUAGAGGAAACGCCGCCAAGGCCCUUUUGGAGAACUUUGGAUUUGAACUUGUUAUCCAGUACAAUGAGAACAGACAGAAAAACCAGAGGAAGAACAAAGAAGGAGGUGAACAAGUGGAGAUCAACAACGACAAGCUGGAGUGUGGCAUGUGCGGGAAACUCUUCUCUAACAUGCUGAUUCUCAAAAGCCACCAGGAGCACGUUCACAGCCAAUUUUUCCCCUAUGUUGAGCUUGAGAAGUUCGCCCAGCAGUACAGAGAGGCUUAUGACAAACUCUACCCCAUUAACCCUGCUUCACCUGAGACUCCCCCACCACCACCUCCUCCUCCGCCACCACCACCUCCCGCACCUGCACCGGUUACGGCUCCUCAGCCUCCACCGGCAUCGAUGAACAAACCACAAACCCCAGCGCCAUCACCUGUACCUGUUCAACAUCAGGUCUCACACCAGCCUUCCCACCAGGUGUCCCCACCCCAACCACCACCUCCUCCCCCGCCACCCCCUCCUCCCCCUCAACCCCAACAGGUGCAGCUCCAAGUGCCCAUGGAUAUGCCCAUGUUCUCCCCAAUGAUGAUGCAGUCUGUUCAACACCCAGGCCUGACCCUCCAGAUGCCUACUAUGGAGUCGCUGACGUCUGAUCUCACGCAGCUGUGUCAGCAGCAGCUGGGUCUUGACCCGAACUUCCUCCGCCAGUCCCAGUUCAAGCGUCCACGCACACGCAUCACUGACGACCAACUGAAGAUCCUCAGAGCUCAUUUUGACAUCAACAACUCUCCCAAUGAAGAGCAAAUUCAGGAGAUGUCAGAGAAGUCCGGUCUGCCCCAGAAGGUCAUCAAGCACUGGUUCCGUAACACCCUCUUCAAAGAGCGGCAGCGAAGCAAAGACUCACCGUACAACUUCAGUAUCCCUCCCAUGACUACAUUGGAAGAUAUACGAAUUGAACCGCAGAUGAAUGCGCUGGAAUACUACAGAACGGAAUCAGGAAUGAACAAGAGGUCCUCCCGGACCCGGUUCACUGAUUAUCAACUGAGAGUGCUUCAAGAUUUCUUUGACACCAAUGCCUAUCCUAAGGAUGAUGAGAUCGAGCAGCUGUCUACUGUGCUCAACCUCCCAACUCGUGUUAUAGUUGUGUGGUUUCAGAACGCCCGCCAAAAAGCCCGGAAGAGCUAUGAGAACCAGGCGGAUUGUAAGGACAAUGAGAAGAAAGAGCUGACCAAUGAGCGUUACAUCAGAACCAGCAACAUGCAGUACCAGUGUAAAAAAUGCAACAUCGUGUUCCCACGUAUCUUUGACCUUAUCACCCACCAGAAAAAGCAGUGUUACAAGGAUGAGGAUGAGGAAGGCAGUGAGGAAAUUCCCAUUGUGGAAUUCUUAGACACCAUAGAACCCGGACCGGCAAGGAUGAAGCAAAUUACUCCAGAGCCGCCCAAGCAGCUCCAGGCUACUAUCACCAACUCUGGCUCAAUCUCCCCUCUGAUGCCGUCUCCCCGUCCCAGCAUGGGGAAGACCUCCCCUAAGCCUGAGAUGACCCCUGAGGUGAAACCCAAGCAGACUGAGAGCGCGCCCUCGCCAGUGGUGAAGACACUGUCAGAGCCAAGACCAUCGAAGGCCUCGACACCUCAACCUCCGCCGCCGAAGCCAACCCAGUCGCAGAUGUCAAGGCCCCAUUCUCAACCACAGUCAGCUGCAGUACCCUCAAGCUCCCUCUCACUGGCCCUGUCCUCACUGACAAACAGCCUCCCUCACCAGAUGCUGCAGUACCAGUGUGAUCAGUGUAAGAUUGCAUUCCCCAGCAUGGAAUUGUGGCAAGAACACCAGCAUAUGCAUUUCCUCGCUGCUCAAAAUCAAUUUCUUCAUUCCCAGUUUCUGGAAAGGCCGCUUGAUAUGCCCUAUAUGAUAUUUGACCCCAAUAACCCACUGAUGGCUAGCCAACUGUUGGCUGGAGGCCUCUCACAGAUGCCUUCUCAAAGCAGUUCCGGCCCGUCCUCUACACUUGGUUCGGGGUCAAUGAAAAGGAAACUUGACGAGAAGGAAGAAAAUGCCAAUGACAAAGACGGUGGGAACAGUAGUGAAGAACAACACAGAGACAAACGUCUAAGAACCACCAUCACACCCGAACAACUGGAGGUUCUUUAUGACAAAUACCUACUGGACUCUAACCCAACCCGAAAGAUGCUGGACCAUAUUGCUAGGGAGGUGGGUCUCAAGAAGAGAGUUGUGCAAGUCUGGUUCCAGAACACCCGUGCCAGGGAGAGAAAAGGGCAGUUCAGAGCGAUUGGGCCCUCCCAGUCCCACAAGAAAUGCCCCUUUUGCAGAGCACUAUUUAAGGCAAAAUCAGCCCUCGAUAGUCACAUACGCUCUCGACACUGGCAUGAGGCUAAACAGGCAGGCUUCAGUUUGCCCCCAAGCCCAAUGAUGAAUCAAGACAAUGAAAGAGGCGAAAGCCCAAAUAAGUACAACUUCUUUGAAUACCCCCAACUCCCUACUAAGACGGAGCCAAGUGACUAUGAGCUGCCGGCCGCGUCCUCCACUCCCGUCAAACCAACUGAAACACAGUUAAAAAACUUCUCCAGCCCUUCAUCCUUGCGAGCAGAACCUUGUGAUGAAACUGACGGGCCCAAUAUGAUUUCUGCCGAGGCCUCCUCUUAUGACCUUAACAAGAUGGACUUUGAUGAGACCUCGUCGAUAAAUACCGCCAUGAGCGACGUCACCACUGGAGACGAGGGAAACAACAAUGAAGUUGAAAACCUAACGGCCAAUGGCAGCGACAAGCUGGGAGACAGCAAAAGCAAUGCUGCCCCGAGCUCCAAUGGCGAUGAUGACCGCUUCCAGUUCAGCAUGGUGAGCCCUGCUCUCAGCUUCUGUGCAAAAGACUACGACUCUUACUUUAACUCCACGGAUGAUAUGGACGAACUGAACGACAGGAGCGAAUGCUCCAGCUUGACUGACCCCAGCUCCCCUAGUCCAUUUGGAGGGUCAAACCCCUUCAAGUCAGGAAAAGGAAGUUGCAGCGGGGACAGACCAGGCCACAAACGUUUCAGGACCCAGAUGAGUAACCUGCAACUGAAGGUUCUCAAGGCCUGCUUCAGCGACUACCGCACUCCGACCAUGCAGGAGUGCGAGAUGCUCGGCAAUGAGAUCGGACUUCCCAAGCGCGUGGUCCAGGUGUGGUUCCAGAACGCCCGCGCUAAAGAGAAGAAGUUCAAGAUAAACAUCGGAAAGCCAUUCAUGAUAAGUCAAGGGUCACCCGAGGGGCCUCGGCCCGAGUGUACCCUGUGUUGCGUGAAGUACACCGCACGGAUGUCGGUGCGUGACCACAUCUUCUCCAAACAGCACAUUGCCAAAGUGCAAGAAACCCUGGGGAACCAGGUGGACAGAGAAAAGGACUACCUAGCCCCGACCACUGUCCGUCAGCUGAUGGCACAGCAGGAGCUGGACCGUAUGAAGAAGGUUGGCGACGGACUCACUUUGCCUGGCCAGCAGAAGCAGAUGACGGUGGACAACAACAAUGCACUUCAUGGCCUCAGCCUGCCCUCCAGCUACCCAGGAAUAUCUGGCCUACCCCCAGUCCUGCUUCCUGGAGUGAACGGGCCCUCAUCGCUUCCUGUCUUUCCUCCCAACACCCCCGCUUUAGCGUCUCCCGGUGCUGGCAUGCUUGGGUUCCCUACACCAGCCACUCCCUCUCCUGCCAUGUCUCUCAGCACUACCCCAACCAAGACUCUUCUGCAGACUCCUCCUCCUCCUCCUCCACCACCACCUCCACCUCCUCCUCCUCCUGUUCCCUCCACACCCCUGGCAGCAGUUAAUCACACAGAGCAGCACGGUAAAGAAUCCGAGAGAGACCACGGCACCAAGAAGCCGGGAGACAGGCCCACGCAGACGAAGAACAAAGAGCGAGAGAACGAGGGCGGCUCGCAGCGCCCGGAGACCCCCAGCAUGGCCAAGAAGAGGGAGAGGAUGAGCGCCGCCGCGGCGAAGCAGAGCGAGGCGUCGCUGGACAUGGCUCAGCUGCAGGCACUGCAGAACGCCCUGGCGGCCAGUGACCCCAGCUCCUUCCUGGGGAACCAGUUCCUGCCCUAUUUCCUUCCCGGGUUCUCCAACUGCUUCUCGCCGCAGAUGCCGAGAGGGGUCCAAGGGGGCGGCUACUUCCCGCCGCUGUGCGGAAUGGAAAACCUGUUUCCGUACGGCCCGGCCGCGAUGCCGCAGGCUGCCAUGGCCGCUGGCCUGUCCCCCACGGCGCUGCUGCAGCAGUACCAGCAGUACCAGCAGUCCCUCCAGGAUUCACUGCAGAAGCAGCAGCAGCAGCAGCAGAAGCAGCUCGAGCAGCACCAGAAGCAGCAGCAGCAGCAGCAGCACCACCACCAGAAGCAGCAGAAACCAACCCCUGUGAAGACAGCCCAGAGUGUGCAGAGCACCCCAGCCAGCAGCUCCUUCAAACCAAAAGUAGAAGCAAUGGAGACUAAGGAUGACACCAACAAAGGCUCUUCAACAGAAAGCACAAAGGAAGAACCGAAAAUAGAUACCAAAAGUACCGCCGAUUUUCCAGAUGCUUUUAUAGUACCGUCCGUCAAGCAUGAGUUUAUAUGCAGGAAGUGCCAGAUGAUUUUCGCUGACGAAGAUUCCGUGGUACGUCACCAGAAGUCCUUCUGUUACUUCGGACAUGCUUUUACCGACCCGCAAGAGACGGUGCUUCGAAAGGCAGUGAGCAAGUACACCUGUGUCGCCUGCAACGUGGUUGUUAAUGGGAACGAAGCACUUGGCCAACACCUUCAGUCGAGCAUGCACAAAGAGAAAACAAUCAAACAAGCAAUGAGAAAUGCCAAAGAGCAUACUAGAUUAUUACCUCACUCUGUCUGCUCCCCUACUCCUAACACCACAUCUACCUCGCAGUCUGCAGCUUCUUCUAAUAACACCUUUCCUCAUCUCUCUCGCUUGUCCAUGAAGUCCUGGCCAAAUGUCCUGUUCCAGGCCACCACAGCCCGGAAAGCUGCUUCCUCUUCCUCCCCGUCUGCCUCUCCUCCCCCCCCCCUUUCCUCACCUUCAACGGUUACCUCAACUUCCUGCAGCACCUCAGGGGUUCCAACCUCACUACCCACCGAGAGUUGUUCAGACGAGUCUGACAAUGAGCUAAGCCAGAAGCUGGAGGACUUAGAUAACGCGUUGGAGGUCAAGGCUAAGCCAACCUCUGGCCUAGACGCGAGCUUCAGUAGUAUAAGAAUGGAUAUGUUCAGUGUGUAGGAGUGGAAAAAAAAGGAUCCCUUGCUUAUAGAAAAAAAUAAGACUUUUUAAACUGCAGUUCCAAAGUUUCUCUUAACCCAAAAAAUUACAGUACCAAAUGAUUGACUCAGGAUUGUUUUUCCCAUAUUGAUAUGCUGGCAAGAUAUUGAUUGAUUUUUGUUAUGGACAGAACUGUUGGAGAUGCUUGACUGAGCUUAUAUUGUAUACAAAAACAUGGAGUAGGAAAAAAAUCCCACAGGCUCCCCUGGGGGGGCUUGUUUCAAGCCAAAAACUCUCACGAUAGCAAAUUGCACCUCAGCUGGAUUGUUUUCCAAAUGCUAGCAUGUACUGUAUGGGAUGACGAUCCAGAACCCUCAAAGAGAAUCUCUCUUAGUUUAGAUAGGUGUAAUUCAGUAGCUUUAAAUUCUCAGGUCAGAACAUAACAUUUCUCAUUUGUUAAAGCAGCAAGCCUGGGUACACCUGGCUUAUAACCAAAACAUGUCAAGCUUUAUCUGACGCAUUUCCUUGAUGUGUAUAGAGUACCAAGAGACAAUAUAACUGUUACAAUGGACGAUGUGCAUAUCCUUUUAGUUUUUGACCUACAAAGACAGUAUGGUUUUGCCACUGAGGGAAUUUAGAAAGGUGACGUAAAUGUGUAUGAUGCCCCUGUGUUUGCCAGUUUGUAUUACAACAAACUGUAUCUAUUUCCCGCCCCCCCGCCCCAGCCCCCUUUUUUUCUUGUAGAGUAUACUAAUCUGUGCCAACUCUUACCUUCUCACCUUACCUCUGCUCACACCCUUUUCUGAAGAGGUAAUAAUUCUAGUUUUGAUAGACUCUUGAGGAUUAUGUGAAUAUAACAUGUUUCAUUUGUGAAUUGCUGUACUGUUAAGGUACCUGCUUGUGUCUGGACUAUAGUGCACUUAUUUUGUCUUUUUUUUUUAAUUAUUGUUUGGGUAGAACAUUUGUUAAUUUAAUAGUUUUUUUUUGUUUUUUUUCCUGUUUGUGUGUAUGUAUUUUUCAGUUAUAAUUAUUAUUUGUGUCUAUUGCAGCAGCAUAUUGGUCCAUUUGUUACAGGAUUGAUACCGAACUAUAGACCUAUUUAACAAUUGGUACAUCCAUGAAAGUAGUACUGUAUACUUGAAACUGUAAAGGUACAAGUUGGUCAUGAUAAAAAAAGAAAAAAAAAAGGUAUGAAUAUUUGCUCCAAGAUUGCAAAUAUGCUGCUUUAAAAAGGGGGACAACGGCAUUUGUUUUGUAUUGUUAAACAUGUUCACGUGCUUGUAGUACUCAACAACACAACAGUGUUAUACCUGUACCCUGCAUUCAGUGCAUAGGUCGCGAUCAUCCCACCAAUUCUCCAGGCACUUCUGCUGAUCUACCAUUCAAGUCAAUGUCCGGAUUUUUCCGCUUCUAGUGAUUUUCAGCAUUUCAAAGUAUUACCUAACAAAAUUUGCUGCUACUGUGUUUUAGUAGGAUAUAUAUAUUUUCUUUUCUUUCCCUUUUUUUUUUUUUUUUGCUUGCCAUAAAACUCAUCAUUAUCCAGUCAAAAAUACUGAUCCAUGAAUUGCUUUGCUUAGCUCUUUUUUAUUUUAUUUUAAUUUUAAUUUGCUGUGGAACUAAGAAUGUGAAAGCUGUCAAAGGGUGUUCAAUUUUUUACGAAUCACUUUCUAGUUUGGUAAUUAAAACCAAUGUGAUUCAUUCCAAAGUAACAGAAGGCUAUUUGUAUGAAAGAAAAAGGCUUGUGAACAAAGGAAGCUAAGCUGUUGUACAUAUUCGUAGUUGGCUGUGCAUGGUACAAAUUUAUUAAUAUGAAGAAAUGCAAAAAUGUAUUGCUUUUGGUAUUUCCUAUUCUGAGAUGAGCAAGUAGCAUGUAAUGCAACUGUUUGACAGGUUAAAUCAAAUCAUGCUUAGUUAUUGUUUCAAACGAUGAAAUCAACAUUUCCUCCUAUGUUUUAUUAUUGUACAGGUGUUUUUUUUUAUUUGUUCAAAGUUUAAAACAAAAUAUCAUUUUUUUUUAAUCUCUGUGUGAGCUUUUUAAAUGUUCUUAUUUGAAAUUUUUAGUAUUUUAACAUUUUACUUUAAUUCUGAAGACACUUUUCGAUUGUGUUUCAUAAGAGACAUCCUGGCCUACCAAGGUGCAAUUCUGCCAUUGUACAAACAUAAGCGACUGUCCUAAUUCCAAAGGCUUUCACAACUCUGGCUUUUUGCCUUUCCCCCCCACUCUGUGGCUCAGCAUCGAAAAGACUGAACUGUCGUGGCUAGCAUCAUGGGCUAAGAUGCUAGCAUUUGACAGGACGCUUCCCACACACAAGGACUGGUCAAAGCUAACAAACCAACAAAAAGGAUGGUCCACAAUAUAACUGUACAUAGAUAUUGCAACUGCACAGCAGCCAAAAAGAGAAAAAACAAAAAAACAAACUUUAAAAAAAAAUGGAUGGAUUGUUUCAUGUUUAUGGGGACAGCCUUCAAAAGGUUGAAAAUUGGAGUUCUUCUGGAUGUCAAAGGGAUUUUCACGGCGCAAUCUUAUCCUACACAAUAUGUACUCUUCAACAUCUGGGUUACAUAGGAAAUGCACCCUGAGGUUUUAAUAAGAAGAAGCCCCUAUGGCUAAAACUUUAAAUAAACUAAACCAAAAAUGUUAUUGAUGUUUUAUAUAUAGAGGGUAGUCGCAUUAGUUUUUGUUACUGUACUGUUUGAGGUCUCAACUGUACCGUAUCACGGUAAUAACAUGGUUUUGAAACCUUUUUUUUUAUUUUGUCACAGACCUGUUGUCAUAGUUGAAAUGACGUUUAUUGUAGAUGGUAUUUGAACAACUUCUGGAAAUAGUUCAUCAAGUAUGUUUGUUGCUCAUUGUUGUGAUACAUUAAAAACUGUAUCUGCAAACCG